UCGGCCGGGCUCGGCGGUAACCUCCCGUCUCUCCCUCUCGCAGCGGCGACGAUGCAGGCGGAGUCGGGGAUCGUGCCGGACUUCGAGGUGGGCGAGGAGUUCCACGAGGAGCCCAAGACCUACUACGAGCUGAAGAGCCAGCCCCUCAAGAGCAGCAAUUCCGAGCAUCCUGGCGCUUCCAAGCCUCCCUUAAGCUCCUCCAGCAUGACCUCACGAAUCCUGCUACGACAGCAGCUCAUGCGUGAGCAGAUGCAGGAGCAGGAGCGUCGGGAGCAGCAGCAGAAGCAGCAAGCAGCCCAGUUCAUGCAGCAGCGAGUACCCGUCAGCCAGACACCUGCCAUCAACGUCAGCGUCCCCACCAGCCUGCCCCCCGCCACCCAGGUACCCAUGGAGGUCCUCAAGGUGCAGACUCACCUUGAGAAUCCAACCAAGUACCAUAUUCAGCAAGCCCAGCGGCAGCAGGUAAAGCAGUACCUCUCUACCACUCUAGCAAAUAAACAUGCCAACCAAGCCCUGAGCUUGCCAUGUCCAAACCAGCCCGGUGAUCACGUCAUGCCGCCUGGAACUGGAAGCAGCGCGCCCAACAGUCCAAUGGCUAUGCUUACCCUUAACUCCAACUGUGAAAAAGAGGGAUUUUAUAAAUUUGAAGAGCAAAGCAGGGUUGAGAGUGAGUGCCCGGCUCUGAAUACACACUCACGAGCAUCAUGCAUGCAGAUGGAUGAUGUGAUCGAUGACAUAAUUAGUCUGGAGUCAAGUUACAAUGAAGAAAUCCUUGGCUUGAUGGACCCAGCCCUGCAAAUGGCAAAUACGUUGCCUGUGUCUGGCAAUUUGAUUGACCUUUAUGGCAACCAAAGCAUGCCUCCUCCAGGACUAAACAUCAGCAACUCAUGUCCAGCUAACCUUCCUAAUAUAAAAAGGGAGCUCACAGCAUGUAUUUUUCCUACAGAGUCAGAAGCAAGAGCGUUGGCUAAGGAGAGGCAAAAGAAAGACAAUCACAACUUGAUUGAACGAAGAAGAAGAUUUAAUAUUAAUGAUCGUAUAAAAGAACUAGGCACUUUGAUACCCAAGUCAAAUGACCCGGAUAUGCGCUGGAAUAAGGGAACUAUUCUAAAAGCUUCAGUGGACUACAUCCGUAAGCUGCAAAGAGAACAGCAACGCACAAAGGAGCUUGAGAACAGACAGAAGAAGCUGGAACAUGCCAACAGGCAUCUGCUGCUCAGAAUACAGGAACUUGAGAUGCAAGCUCGGGCACACGGACUGUCCCUUGUUCCAUCUACAGGCCUUUGCUCCCCUGAUAUGGUCAACAGGGUCAUCAAACAAGAGCCUGUGCUGGACAACUGCAACCAAGACAUCAUGCCGCACCACACAGACCUGUCUUGCACUACCACCCUCGACCUCACUGACGGUACCAUCACCUUCAGUGACAACCUCGGAAAUGUGACUGAACCGACUGGCACUUACAGUGUUCCUGCAAAAAUGGGAUCCAAACUGGAAGAUAUUUUGAUGGACGAUACCCUCUCCCCUGUCGGAGUAACCGACCCACUACUUUCCUCCGUGUCUCCUGGAGCAUCGAAGACAAGUAGCAGGCGGAGCAGUGUGAGCAUGGAGGACACCGAUCAUGCUUGUUAGCAUGUACUUGGCACACCUUUCAUAAACUGCUUUGUUUCUUGAUCAGUAGAUUAAAUAAUUUACCUUUUGUAGAAUUUUUUGAUUUUUUUUUCCUUGUGCUUCAUCAGCAGCCCAGUGUGUGUGCGUGUGUGUAUAUAUUAUAUAUAUAGGAUUUUUUUUAGAAUUUUUGUGAAGGAACUUGUAUAUUCUAUUUUAAAACUACCAAUGCCUCCAAAAUAUUGUACAGCAUAUGUACAGUAUCUGUGAACUGGAUUCGCCAAUGACUUUGAACUGGUCAAAUCUACUCAAAGCAAUAGAAUUACGAAUGAAGAAGUCUGUUUCUACUGGGAGGGAGGGGGGAAUUGUAGAAUUGUAAAUGUAACCUAUUUACUUGGAAACAAAAUGUAAAGUUAAAGAAUGUAAAGAAACCAAAAAAAAGUAGUCCAAUUUGUAAUUGUAUUAAUUGAAUAGUGCUGCCUUAAAGAUACAGUGUCCCUCAACCGUUGGUCUUUACAUGACAAGUGUUUAGGGAAAGAUACCCACCCUACUCCACUCAGAAUACAAACAAACAAACAAAAAAAAGAAAUGUUAAGACAUCCUGAUUGUGUUGAUUGUGAUAUAAAAUGCUGUUGCUGAAAAUUGCAGGGAGAUGCAAGUCUCUUUCUCAGAGUGCUGUUUAGCUUUACUCUGAGCUGAUUUGGAUUUUUCUUUUGAUCAUGGUUCGAGUUUUUCUCUUAAAUUUUCUUUUUUAUUUUGUUUUGUAACACGCAUUGGUGGCUUGCCAGCAGUAAACCAAGCAGGAGCACUGUGAGUUGGUAUACACUCUUCGGACAAAAAAAAAUUGAUACAUUUUAUCAGCUGGGCACAUUAUGUUGUACAUAUCUAAUUGGCUUUAUUUUUUUUAAAUUGCAUUGUACAGUUUAUUUUGAUUUGCAUGGAUUCCUUAGUUAUCCUCAACUUUUUGUUUUAAAUAUGUUUGUAUUUCAUUUGUAAGAUUUUUGCCUCUUAAUAUUGCAACAAUUUUUUGACAUUUUUAAAACUCAUUGGAAGUUUUCUGCGUUCUUUGUAAACACUUGAAAGGAAGCUUUUAUGCAGGGUUCUGUGUUUUAAGAGAGAUUUUGAGAAUAUUUUGUAUAUUACAGUCUCACUUUGAAAAUGUUUUUAAACGCAUUUAAGGUAGAGUACAAAUUUAGAUUAGGUAAUAAAACAACUCUGUAGAGAAACUGAACUUACAUAUUUAUUUUUAGUGAUACAGAAAAAAGUAGUAAUAUGCUUGGAAACAUAACUAUGUAGUUAAUAUACCCGUUAUAGUAAUUUGUGGUUUAUUUCAGCACUGGGGCUGACAUAAGAAAAAAACAAAGAAAA